UAUUGUGGACAGUUAUUCCAAAGGGAAUGUUUGGGGGCCAGGGUAGUGGUGUGGGUGGUAUAGGAGGGGGUGGGUGGAGAGUGGGAAGUGGCUGACUUUGCUUCUGUCUGGGCAGGUGGCCAUGGCCUCUCUGCCGACGAGGCGCCCCGCGGUCCCUGAUUUACUCUCUGGGCUGCCGUCGGUGGCCUCAACUCCGGCCAACCAGAGCGUGGAGUCCUCGGCGGGGAACGCAUCCACGGCUGGCCCAGGCGCUCAGGCCAUCACCCCGUUCCAAAGCCUGCAGCUGGUGCAUCAGCUGAAGGGGCUGAUUGUGCUUCUCUACAGCGUCGUGGUGGUCGUGGGGCUUGUGGGCAACUGCCUGCUCGUGUUUGUGAUAGCGCGGGUGCGUCGGCUGCACAAUGUGACCAACUUCCUCAUAGGCAACCUGGCCUUUUCCGACGUGCUCAUGUGCGCCGCCUGUGUGCCGCUCACGCUGGCCUACGCCUUCGAGCCGCGCGGUUGGGUGUUCGGCGGCGGCCUGUGCCACCUGGUGUUCUUCCUGCAGCCCGUCACGGUCUACGUGUCGGUGUUCACGCUCGCCACCAUCGCGGUGGACCGCUACGUCGUGCUGGUGCACCCGCUGCGCCGGCGCAUCUCCCUGCGCCUCAGCGCCUACGCCGUGCUCGCCAUCUGGUCGCUGUCCGCGGUGCUGGCGCUGCCCGCGGCCGUGCACACCUACCACGUCGAGCUCAAACCUCACCGCGUGCACCUCUGCGAGGAGUUCUGGGGGUCUCAGGAGCGCCAGCGCCAGCUCUACGCCUGGGGGCUACUGCUUGUCACCUACCUGCUCCCCCUGUUGGUCAUUCUCCUGUCUUAUGUCCGCGUGUCGGUGAAGCUCCGGAACCGCGUGGUGCCGGGCUCGGUGACCCAGAGCCAGGCGGACUGGGACCGCGCGCGGCGCCGCCGCACCUUCUGCCUGCUGGUGGUGGUCGUGGUGGUGUUCGCCAUCUGCUGGCUGCCGCUGCACGUCUUCAACCUGCUGCGGGACCUGGACCCGCGCGCCAUCGACCCUUACGCCUUCGGGUUAGUGCAGCUGCUCUGCCACUGGCUCGCCAUGAGCUCGGCCUGCUACAAUCCCUUCAUUUACGCCUGGCUGCACGACAGCUUCCGCGAGGAGCUGCGCAAGCUGUUGCUCUCCUGGCCCCGCAAGAUCGCGCCUCAGGGCCAGAGCAUGACAGUCAGCGUGGUCAUCUAAUGCCACGCGUCAGGUCUGCGCUGGGGAGCCCCGCGCACACCGGUCUCCAAGGGUGCCCGCCCGAGACCGGACCGGAGCUUAUUUCCAGCACCAGAGCUAAGCCAAUACUGGGCAAAACGUGCAGCCAAGCGCUUUUGUCCAGCUGUCUUGCCUUGUUCUUGUGUCUUUGCCAAAUGGGCUUUGGUGGAGUCUUGUGCU